GCUUUUGUUUUGAUAAUACUAAAGCGGAAGUGUGUCAUUUACCGCAGCUAAAGCGAGCUGCUCUGUGGUUUUUCCUCCUAAUCGUUUGUUUUUUUAGCUGCCGACACUGGUCUCGCUGGUGUAGAGUUCGUCUUUCAAACGUCGUCCUCGAGAGAGUCGGUCGACUCUCCCGGUGAAUGCGUCCUCUGUCUCUCUGGGUUGUGGGUGCCACUGGCUCCGUGCCAGUCCUCUGUAGAUGAAGAUGUCCCUGGCCCAGCGAGUGCUCCUCUCCUGGAUCUUUUCCCUGAUCUUCCUCAUCAUGCUGGUGCUCAAGCUGGACUCCAAGAUCCACUGGAACUGGUUCCUGAUCUUCCUCCCAGUCUGGACCUUUGACACCGUGCUCAUCCUGAUGCUGAUCGUGAAGAUGGCGGGACGCUGCAAGCCCGACUUCGACCCCAGGGACGGGGAGCAGAGCCUGAAGAAGAGGCUGUGGUACCUGACGGCGCUGCUGCUGAAGCUGGCCUUCUGUGUGACACUGUGCGCCCACCUGGAGAGGCACAUUGACAUGUGGGUCAGCGUGGUGUGUGUCCCCCUGUGGGUGCUGCUGGGUGGGGCACUGGUGGAACUGGGACACAGUGUUUUCCACUACAGGAGGGACUGAACCUGAGGACUCUGCAGUUCCUGAUUUAGGACUGUAAUAUAUGGGACAUGAACGUUUUACACUCAGGUUUUUCGAGCUAUAUCAGAGCUGACACAGACCGUAUAAAGCACAUUGUGUAUCAGGCAGACACGACUGAUCCACAUUAAACGCCAUUUCUGUCAAUGUUGUUAUGAAAUUUAACUUUUU